UAACAAACACAAAACCCAUGAUAAUUAUGACGAGUUCUAGUUUUCCUUACUAAACGGAAAGAUAACGAGCAGAAAACCCCAAUUUCAGGACGUUUUCGGAAAUUAUACGUUUGGCAGCGGUACUACUGUAGGCGCACGGGAUUCGAACCUGCACAGUCGUAUAAUAAUAAUUAUUCUCCGAAAAAUCAAUAAAUCUGGCAGACCGUAUGAGAAGAAACAACUUUAAGUACCUCGCACUCUGUGCAUGCGAAAUUGCGAAAUGUCCGGGGUUCGAGUCUCACAAGAGCAGCUUUGUAAGUAGUUUUCAAUAUCUACUCCGGUGAUCAAAAUGCCGCGGAUCAGUAACAGCCUGGUAGGGAUUCUGAAUUUCCUGGUGUUUUUGCUGUCGAUCCCGAUCUUAGGCUCGGGCAUAUGGCUAGCCACAAGGCAUGGGACUGACUGUGAAAGAUUUCUGCAAGGUCCUGUCAUAAUCAUAGGGGUUUUCAUAAUGCUGAUUUCUCUGGCGGGAUUUGUAGGGGCCUGCUUCAGGGUCUCAUGGCUGCUCUGGAUCUACUUAUUCGUCACAUUUCUGCUCAUAAUCCUGCUCUUUUGCUUCACUAUUUUCGCAUUUGUGGUCACAAACAAGGGAGCAGGGCAACUGGCCUCGGACAAAGGGUACAAGGAGUACCGCCUGGGAGAUUAUUCGCACUGGUUGCAAGAUAGGGUUCAAAAUGGAGAUAACUGGAGAAAAAUAAAGAGCUGCAUACGCGACACAAAGGUCUGCAAAAGUUUGAGCCAAGACUAUGUAUAUAAUGUCGCCACAGAGUUUUAUCUGAGAAAUUUGUCGCCAAUUCAGGCGGGAUGCUGCAAACCGCCGAGCUCCUGCGGCUACGUGUACAGGAACGCGACCUACUGGGACUGGGUUCCGCCGUCUCCGACUGCCACGUCGGAUUCGGACUGUGCAUCGUGGAGCAAUGACCAGGAUCAACUCUGCUAUAAUUGUAAUUCUUGCAGGGCUGGGGUUUUGGCGAGCGUGAAGCAUGACUGGAGAAAGGUGGCUGCGCUCAAUAUUAUUUUGUUGAUAUUUCUUAUUGUAGUCUAUUCUCUGGGUUGCUGCGCUUUCAGAAAUAAUGGGAGAUCUGCUGGAUAUCGCCGCCCCAAGGGUUAUCCAUAGAAAGCUUUCCUUUGACCUUAGAAAUUUUUAGAAAUUUUUAAUUUUAUUUUAUUUUAUCAUUACGUUUGCAUAUCUAUUCUAAAGGCGGACUUUGUUUGUACAUUUAUUUGUAUAAGCCUUGCCAAAAAACAUAUAUUUGCCCCUUUCUUUUGUAAAAGCCCUCCAAAGAACAGAAUAUGCAUUGUGGAUUGGGAUUUUUUCUUUCCGCCAAGAUACCAUUGUCUCUUUCGAAUAAUGUAUUGAUCUGCAAAGUGGACAAUGGAAAAAUAUUGUUUAAAAACUAUUGUACUUCUGGAGUAUCCUUGGCACUUCGCUGUAAUAUUAUGAGCUUUUUAUGCAAUAAAAAAUAAUUAAUUUUAA